GACACAUUCGGUGCUAAUUCACUCGCCAGAGGUACCAACAUCGCUCCUUGCAUAGCGAGGAAUAUCCGAUGAACAAAAGUAUAUCUCGAAAAAAGUAUAUAUAUAAAUGAAGAAAUAAGAAACGUCCCAAAUGGCGGGAACAGUAACAGAAGGUACAGAAGAAACGGAAGUGGCCACACCGAUGACUAAUGACGUGGCUGUGGUGGCUACAGACGGCAUGGAUUUUCUUUUUCGUCAGAAAGUAGCUAGCCAGUACCGAGUAAGUGGCCUUUAUAAAUCACGUCUGAAGUUCUGCAUCUUUCUUCACUUCGUCCUCUUUUUAGCCAUGUGUACCAAAGUAACGGAAGACAUUCUGGAUCGUUUAGACAUCUUCAUCUUGGAGUUAGAAGAGCUUUACAUACCUAAACCAUUAAUAUGGGAAUGGAUAUGGUUAUCGAGCUUCGUCUUCAUCUUUUCAGGUUUAAAAGGGAUCAAGCGCAACAAAGUCACUUCCGUAACAACAUACGCCAUUGGCAUAUUUCUGUUCGGUGUAUGUCCGGUUAUCGGUGCCGGUAUAUAUUAUUUUAAAGAAAUGUGGCAUUAUGUUCAAACUAGGGAUAGCACGGAUAUCGAAAAAUGGCAAGGUUAUCCCAUAGCUCUCUUAUGGUAUGUCUUUCUUACUUUAUGUUUCCAGGUACAUAUUUUCUCUUUAUAUUUCGCUGUUAGGCUCAUAAGAACAUGGAAACUGAAAGCUAAAAAAAGUAAUUAAUCUUACGUGUACAGUUGUACUACUUAAUAUUUAAAAUAAAAAAAAAAUAAUCUGUUUUAUUUGGAUCCUACAAGUGCCUUGUAGACGUGAUAAUGUCUAAGGGUUGUUAGCCAUAUUUAAUUUUUUUUUAAAUGUAUAUAUUGUUAACCUGUGGAAGCAUAAAUUUUAAGAAUUUUUCACGUGUUCAGAAUGUUCGGAGAUGGGUGCUUGUUCAGGCCUGUAUUACAUAUUUAAAGUAUUUGUGUAUCUUUCUUGUCUGGAAUGUUGGAAGUGUAAAGAAACUGAACAUGUCUAAUAUCCUAAAGCUGGUGGAAAUUUUUCAAAAAAAUAUUGUCAGCCUGAUGAUGUUAUUGUGUAGAAUUUUACUGUAAGUUUUUAUCAGAUUAAAUUUUUAAAAUGUC